GUCUCCCCGUUUUCUCCCCCAACUCGUCAUUAACUCCUUAAAAACCUCGCGAGAAGAGUCGAGAGCGCGAGCACCUACCUGUGUCGCCGAUUUGGCCCCAAAUCCGCUGAGGGGCUCGAGCCGAUCAAGGCGUCAUCUGCGGCUGCGGCGGCGGCAAUGGCGGGGCUGUCGCUGCGGUGCGGCGACUGCGGCGCGCAGCUGCGGAGUGUGGAGGAGGCGCAGGCGCACGCCGAGGCCACCAACCACGCCAACUUCGUCGAGUCCACCGAGGCCGUCCUCAACCUUGUCUGCUCCGACUGCGGCAAGCCGUGCCGCUCCCAGACCGAGGUGGACCUGCAUACCAAGCGCACGGGCCAUACGGAGUUCGCGGACAAGACCGCGGAGGCGGCCAAACCCAUCGAUCUCGAGGCGCCGCUUAAGCCGGCCUCCGAGGAUGCCAUGGACGUCGACGCCUCGGCCUCGGCGAGCGCGGAGCCACAAGAGAUGGUUGUCCCGGAGGUGAACAAGGAGAUGCUCACGGACCUUGAGGGCAUGGGUUUCUCAACAGCCCGCGCCACUAGGGCGCUUCACUUCUCUGGUAAUAGCACCAUUGAAGGUGCUAUUAACUGGCUUUCUGAGCACCAGGAGGACGCAGAUAUUGAUGAGAUGCCUCUGGUACCGGCUAAUUCAAAAACAGAGGCUAACAAACCUAGCCUGACUCCUGAGGAAAUGAAGAUUAAAGCACAGGAGCUAAGGGAGCGUGCACGUAAGAAGAAAGAGGAAGAAGAAAGAAGAAUGGAAAGAGAAAGGGAGAAGGAAAGAAUACGAAUCGGAAAAGAACUUCUUGAAGCCAAAAGAAUUGAGGAACAAAAUGAAAGGAAACGCAUGAUAGAACUGCGAAGACUUGAGAAAGAGGAGGAGAAAAGAGCUAGAGAAAAAAUCCGCCAGAAAUUAGAAGAAGAUAAGGCUGAAAGGAGAAGGAAACUAGGAUUGCCACCAGAAGACCCAGCAGCUGCCAAACCAAGUGCACCACCUCCUGUUGAAGAGAAGAAGAGUGCAUUACCUGUCAGGCCAGCCACAAAGGCAGAGAGGAUGAGGGAUUGCCUAAGAAAUCUUAAGCAACAGAACAAGGAUGAUGAUGCUAAAGUGAAGAGGGCGUUUCAAACACUCCUUACUUACAUUGGAAACGUUGCUAAAAAUCCUGAUGAGGAGAAAUUUAGAAAGAUCAGGUUGACGAAUGCAACAUUUCAGGAGAGGGUUGGAAAUCUGCAUGGGGGCAUAGAGUUCCUGGAGCUCUGCGGAUUUGAGAAACUCGAAGGCAACGAGUUUUUGUUUUUGGCAAGGGAAAAAGUCGACAAGGCGAUCCUGAACACAGCUGGAGCCGAGCUGAAUUCUGCCAUCACCAAUCCUUUCUUCGGAGUCCUUUGAGGAGUCGUAAAAAAAAACUAGUACAAUGUAUACUCAAACCGCUUGGUUUCUCCUUUGCUUGACGUCAAUUGUGUCUACUUGGCGCCAACUGUAGAUUUCAAGUCUGUGGUCAGUCAGAUUUUACGAAUUAUCAGAUCGAGUUCACAUACUACUUCCGUACAUUACUGAGGCAACUUGCUCUGCAUAUGUUUUCAUAUCCCGGCGACUGGGAUUUUUCAGAUA